UAUUCACCAGCGUCUGUUGUUACAUGCUUCAUUCAGUGUGAAAUAAACCAGACGAGAGUGCGCACACGUGCAGUCCACUUUUGUACCGGCGGACGCGACAUUAGGAUCACCUGCCUCUGUGCUGCAGCGGUCGCCUCGUUCGGCCUCGCUUCGGCUGCACUCGGCUCCCUUCGGCAACUUCCGGCCGCCGAACCCCAACCCUCCGCCCCGCAAUCGUUCCUGCGUUGUUUGGGGACAGUAGCAAGAUGGCGGCGGCCCCGCUGUACUGUGUCUGCCGGCAGCCCUACGACGUGAGCCGGUUUAUGAUCGAGUGCGACAUCUGCAAGGACUGGUUCCACGGCAGCUGCGUGCACGUGGAGGAGCACCAUGCGGUGGAUAUCGACGUUUACCACUGUCCCAACUGUGACGUCCUGCACGGACCCUCCCUCAUGAAAAGGCGCAAGAAUUGGCACCGCCACGAUUACACGGAGCCCAACGACAGAGCCAAGCCGGUGCAAGCCGGCACCGCCAUGUUUGUCGAGGAGCUGCAGAGCAGGACCUUCCCCAGCGGCGAGGAGAUCGUGAUGCGCAUGCGCGGCGAGCAGGUGACGCCCAAGUUCCUGGAGCGCUGCGGCUUCCGCCGCCCCAUCGCCGUCACCGAGAUGGAGGGCCUCGGCCUCCGGCUGCCGCCGCCCGCCUUCGGCGUGCGAGACGUGGAGCAGUACGUGGGUGGCGACAAAGUGAUCGACGUGAUCGACGUAGCGCGGCAAGCCGACACCAAGAUGAAGCUUAGCCAGUUCAUCGAGUAUUUCACCAGCCCGCAGCGGCCCAAAGUGCUCAACCUCAUCAGCCUGGAGUUCUCCGACACUAAGAUGUCCGAGCUGGUGGAGGUGCCCGACGUGGCUCAGAAGAUGUCCUGGGUGGAGAACUACUGGCCGGACGACUCGUUCUUCCCCAAGCCGUUUGUGCAGAAGUACUGCCUGAUGGGCGUCAAGGACAGCUACACCGACUUCCACAUCGACUUCGGCGGCACCUCCGUGUGGUACCACGUCCUCUGGGGCGAGAAAGUCUUCUACCUGAUCAGGCCCACGGCCGCCAACCUGGCGCUGUACGAGGCCUGGAGCUCCUCGCCCAAUCAGAGCGAGGUCUUCUUCGGGGACAAAGUGGACAAGUGUUACAAGUGCGUCGUGCCGCAGGGAACCACGCUGCUCAUCCCCACAGGCUGGAUCCACGCCGUCCUCACCUCUGAGGAUUGCAUGGCGUUCGGCGGCAACUUCCUGCACAACCUCAACAUCGGCAUGCAGCUCAGGUGUUACGAAAUGGAGCGUCGUCUGAAAACGCCCGACCUCUUCAAGUUUCCUUACUUUGAGGCCAUCAGUUGGUAUGUGGCCAAGAACCUUCUGGAAACUCUCAAAGAGCUCCGAGAAGACACCUGUCCACCUCCGACGUACCUAACGGAGGGCGUGAAGGCUCUCAUUUGCGCACUCAAGACCUGGUUGAAGAGAGAGGUGACUCAGCCCAACAGCGAGGUCCCGGACAACAUCAGGCCCAACCAUCUCAUCAAGGAGCUCACCAAGGAAAUACGCCACCUGGAGGAGGAACCGAGCAGCGGCGGUGGGGUCAAGCCGCUCAAAUCUCAGGGAAGCCUCUGCGGAGGAUCCAACGGGUGCUCGUCCACUCGCGCCACCCUGGAGCGUCUGUGCCAGGCGCGGCAGGCCAGGCGCGCCGCCCGCCGCCUGCGGGAGCAGCGGCAGGCGCCCAGGACGCCGUCCAACCUGGACAUCCUGGAGAGACACACCAGGGAGGUGCUGAGGAGGCUGGAGGUGGGCCCCCUGGAGGAGGAUCCGGCGUUCUGCGCCAAAGUUCGCGGGAAGCUCAACAAGGCGUCGACGGCGUCGGCUGCCGCGGCUGCAGAAUCUCUGGAGGAGAAUCACCUCAGACUCAUGCUGGUCAACGGCAGGAUCAUACGGGAUAUGAGGCGGCCCGUGGUCAAGGCGGAGUGCGAGAGGCACACCGGCGACACCAACAAGAGCGCCGAUGUCAAGUGCGACCGGAUCAGUCGGGGGCCGCACGACGACGCCCACGCGGCGGGUGUGCAGAGAGUGAAGAGCGAACUCGGGGAAGAAGCGUCGGGACACUCGUGUGCAUCGGACGUGGAUUCGGACAGCGACACACCCACACAACGCAAAGUGUCACCGCUGUCGUCCUCUUCCGAUGACGAUUCCGAGGAAGAGGAGCAAAGGCAGAAAGGACACACUAUCGAGCUGGACCAGUCUCGGCAGAAACCACUCAAACGAGAACGUCCUACCUCACCGAGCACGGAAGAAGCCAUUCAGGGGAUGCUUUCCAUGGCCGGCCUGCUGUGCUCCUCCAAGCCGGAGAAGGCGGCCUCGCCCCGGGAGCCCUGGUGGUCGUCCGGACCCGCGGGGCGGCGGAGCCCGACGCCCCGCCGCCAGCAGGGGGACGCCAGCCCCAUGGACAGCCAAGGCAACAGCAGCGAGGCCUGGGACAAUCAGGGCCUCCCCAGCCCGGAGCACGACUACCAGUACUGUGACCCCGACAUGUCGCCGCCCCUGCACCCCUCCAAGAGGCACGCCCCCAACCCCCCGCCCGUCAGCAAUCAAGCCACGAAAGGCAAGCGUCCCAAAAAAGGAAUGGCCACGGCCAAGCAGAGACUGGGCAAGAUUUUGAAAAUCAACAGACACAGUCGGGUUUUUGUCUGAAAAAACCUUCUCGAGGGGAUUGUUUUUAUCAAUAUUUUGACACUUUUUGGAAAUAAGACGACAUGAGGAGGACAACCGACACUGGGUCAUGCACCACUUUACUACAAGCACACUAAUCACGAAACAAAAUGGAGGACGAGGAAGGGAGCGACGCGGGCAUUAAAAUGGAGGAUGACGAUGAGGUUUACCAAACAACUUUUGACGCCAAGUUGUAUUUUAAAUGUUUUUUAUUUUAUUUUGGGCAGCAGAUUUAAAAAAUGGUGCUCAUGCUUUUAAGAUUCACCAGCAAUAAAGAACUCGCAAGGGCAGCAGCUUUUUUUUUGUUUUGUUUUGUUCCUUUUUCAUUCUUCUUUUUCUACGAGCUGAUCGCUGCCCCGGUUGGUUUGAAUAGGAAACUUAAAAAAAAAAAACGACAAGCUCAUGGAUAUUCUGCUUAAUUUAUUUCUCCUUUUAUCUGAUUUUUUGAAAAAUCUAUUUAUUAAUGAAGAGAUAGUUUUAUUAUAUUUUGGAGGUUCUUUCUCUUUGUUUUUCUGUAACUGUGGCGUGUUUGCGUUGGUGUGCUUGUCAUGUAGCAGCUGAUUUACUAAUUAUCAAUUCUUCUCCCUCUAGCCAGUGUUUUUGGUUGUAUUGUUUUCCCUGGGCCAUGUGCGACUAGAACGGGUCUUUUUUUUUUUCUUCUUUUUCAAUCCUCAAUCCACUCGUGCCACUUAGUAUUCUGAGCCACUGUGGUGUCGGGAGGUCGCAAGGAGCUGGAAAUAGUGCUGAUCUUCGCAGUUGUUGACUCUCUCAGGGAAUGAUGCCAUGAACAGAACCUUCGAAAAAGCACCAGCCACGUCACGAAUGCAGACGGGGGAUGUUCUCACCAUUUUCACAAUGUUUUUUCUUCCUGCUUCUUUGCCCUCCAUCGAAACACUGCUCAGUGUUAUUGGAGACAUCUGAAAAAGAUGCCAAGUAGCUUUAAGCUCUGCUCAGGUUGACGUGCGCAUGACCUGCGAGUGACUUUAAUCGCUCGCGUUUGUAGUUGUUCACAUAGCCACCGCCGCUUUCGUCCCUGUUUGCGGGCCGGGUUUGUUACAUCCUUCUUCGAUUUUAUUUUAUUUUUUUCCUCUCUCGGGCAUUUGUGUUCAUGUGUGUUGAUUCCCAAAUUGCUUACAUUCUGAACAACAAAUGAUAGAAACACUGGCAAGCUGAGACACUGUUGAUGAAUAUUUGUUUCUGCUUUUCAAAAAAAAAAAAAAAACAUUGCGUGUAAAUAAAACAAAAUGAUAAGUG